AUGCACCUGCAACAACUCCCCUCAUCGUCUGCACUGGCCAAGAAAACGAUGAGUGUGGACAAUGAUUUUACGCUCAUCAAAGAACAGGGGGAUAGCCGCGUCUCCACCACCCUGAAGAACGAGCCACCGCUGAAAAAACUCUUCGCAGGGCUGAGAAACCCAUCAAACACUUUCUCUUCAGAGGACAAGAGUGGCGUUCAGGACUUCCUGAGGGAUGACGGUGAAAGCGAGGACAGGAAUUUGCCUGAAUCAAGUCACGCGCGGACCGAUUUCGCCUCGUCUUCUUCUAUGUUCUCGUAUUCAGGUCAACAUGUUACGCCCGCGCUCCCGGCUUUUUCCAGUCACAACAUGGCACCUCACCCGGUCAUCUCUAACGGGUUGUAUAUGAGAUACGCGUACUCGCAAUCGUAUGGACAAACCUUCCCAAACAGUGCCGUCUAUCCGUUCCCCUCGGUGCCCGGUAAAGCUCAGGUUUAUCUGUGUAACCGGGCGCUUUGGUUUAAAUUUAACAGACACCAAACAGAAAUGAUCGUUACUAAACAAGGGCGGCGGCUGUUCCCAUUUCUGAGUGUUAGUAUUGCUGGUCUUGACCCGACAUGUCAUUACAAUGUGAUUGUGGACGUGAUUCUGGCGGAUCCGAACCGCUGGCGGUUCCAGGGCGGAAAGUGGGUUCCGUGUGGCAAAGCGGACACUAAUGUUACAGGAAACAGAGUAUACAUGCACCCGGAUUCUCCAAACACCGGUGCGCACUGGAUGCGUCAGGAAAUCUCUUUCGGAAAACUGAAGCUGACAAACAACAACAGCGCUACCAGCAACUCUUCUCAGUUGAUUGUCCUGCAGUCUCUUCACAAGUACCAGCCGAGAGUGCACGUGAUCGAAAUAGAUGAGAAUGGAGCCGAAGAUACAAGUCAUUCUGAUCGAGUACAAACCUUUACCUUCCCAGAGACACAAUUUAUAGCUGUCACAGCUUACCAGAACACCCAUAUAAUUCAGCUAAAAAUUGAUCACAAUCCAUUUGCUAAAGGAUUUCGAGACAAUUGUGAUACAAUUGACACCAGCUGCAACACCAAGCAACUGACCCCUACACCCGGUGACUGUCCUCGCUCUCAACUGCCGCCGGGCUCAAGGUACGCAAUGGCAAGUGCAUUAUUCCAGGACGAGUUUGCCAAAAGCACUAAAUCCAGUUUUACAACCCUUUCCACUAACCCUAGUACUAGUGACCGUGCAGUUCCGUUUACAAACAGCCUUGUGACCUCAACGCAAAAUCAAGAGAGAACCAUGACUUCCGAGCAGCACUGGUUUGUUUCUCCUCCAGCUGCUUCAUCAUGUGAAACUGAUAUUAAUACAGCAGCUCUGCUCUCUUACACCAUGUUGGGGGUCAAAGGUCUGCCUCUUCCUGAUAUUGGUGGCACUGGUGGAGUUUCGGAAUACUACUCCAGCCCGCCCGGAUGUUAUUCCCAGGGUUCGACAGAGAACAGCAAUAACAUCUCAAAUCAGCAUGGUUGGGUCCUAGAUGGAACUCCUGAAGGAUUGAACCAACCAAAUUAUCUAUCAGAGGAUGAUAUAUUAUAAGAUAUGUUGGGAAUAUACAGAUCGAAUUUGGGGGUACCUGAGACCCUCGAAGGUCAAGAUAUUGUGGAUUCAAAGUGGACCGAGACUCCAUCUUCCAUCAAAUCAGUUGAUUCCAGUGAUUUAAAGAUUUUAAUAGAGGCACAAUAGAAGAAUACAUCUCCCUUCAUCACUCCUGUGUCAGAAGUUCAUAAUACAUUGAAAACAGACAUGCAGGUCUCACAGAACAAUAAAAGAAAAGGAGUCAAAGAAUCAGACAUUAUUCAUUUCAACUAUCAGAUGACAACCUGUGUGGACUAAGUGUGCAAUUAAAAUGUUGUUGUAACAUUUUAAUGAUGAU